CGCGGGGACUACGCUUCCCAGGAGGCCUCGCGCGGACGCCCGGGCGGGGCUGUGCGAGGGGCGAGUCUGCGGGCGGCCCUGGAGCGCGGCGCUGAUGGCGGGGCCGGUGAAGGACCGCGAGGCCUUCCAGAGGCUCAACUUCCUGUACCAGGCCGCCCAUUGUGUCCUUGCCCAGGACCCCGAGAACCAGGCGCUAGCGAGGUUUUACUGCCACACUGAGAGGACCAUCGCGAAGCGGCUCGUCCUCCGGCGGGACCCCUCGGUGAAGAGGACUCUCUGUCGAGGCUGCUCUUCCCUCCUCGUCCCGGGCCUCACCUGCACCCAGCGCCAGAGACGCUGCAGGGGACAGCGCUGGACAGUACAGACCUGCCUAACAUGCCAGCGCAGCCAACGCUUCCUCAAUGAUCCCGGGCAUUUACUCUGGGGAGACCGGCCUGAGGCCCAGCUCGGGAACCAAGCAGGUGAGAGAUUCCAAACCACUACAGCCCUUGCCAAACACAGCACACUCCAUUUCAGACCACCUUCCUGAGGAGAAAAUGCAGAUUCAGGGUUCCAGUGACCAGUGAUGGAUUCACCUAGUCUCCCAAAUAAAGUUUACUUGUUUUACAUUCCA